GUUUAAGUUUCCUCUUCCAGCCCCGUAUACAUAUACCAGGUUUAACAGCCACUGUGUUACUCAGUCCAGUCCGUAGAAACUCCGUCCUCCGACCGGGCAACCCGCAGUCCACCGCCGAUGGAGAAUCCUCACGGCGGCUCCCACGGAGAGACCGAUCUCUUGCCGGAGGCGACGAGGAUGCUCCACGAGAUCGCGCUCCGGAAUCGCGAGGAGGGAGAGGAGCCCGAUCUGCCGGAAGAGCAGCUGCGCUCCAACGACCAGCUCCAACAAGAUGAGAUGCUGGCAAUGGAGGCAAUUUAUGGUGGCAAUUUAUACAUUUUUGAUGAAAAGUCUGUACCACGGUCUUUCCAGAUCCGUGUGCACUGUGAAAUUCCAGAUGGUAUCAGUAUAUCCGCAGAACUUGUCCAUGGUAUUGAUAAUGACCCGAACAGCCAGUCCUUUGACACAUUCAGUGUCGAUCAUUUGGCUCCAAUAUCCCUGACAUGCCUUAUGCCUCCAUCAUAUCCGAGCCAUCAUCCUCCAUACUUUACUAUCGGUGUACAAUGGUUGGAUAGCAUGAAGGUUUCCUCCCUUUGCCACAUGCUCGACUCGAUCUGGGCACAGCAACCUGGACAGGAAGUUAUUUUUGAGUGGGUGCAAUGGCUGCAGAGUUCUAUGCUCUCUCAUCUUGGUUUUGAUGACGGGAUAGUCAUAUGGCAGCCUGGUAGUAGAAUGGAUCCCGUGGAUGUUCGGGUUGUUGGGGAUAUUCUGUCUGUAGAGUCUGUUGUUCAACAGUUGAUCAGCUACAGUGAGGAACAAUGCCAUGAGUCAUUUCUUCAUGGCCUUCAUGUCUGCAGGAUCUGUUUCAGUGAGUACACAGGUGUUGACUUCAUAAAACUUCCCUGCCGUCAUUACUUUUGCUUGAGUUGCAUGGGGACAUACACAAGGAUGCAUGUCAAGGAAGGAUCAGUGCUGAAAUUGGUGUGCCCUGAUAACAAAUGUGGAGGCGUUGUUCCUCCAGAUCUAUUGAAGAGGCUGCUAGGAAAUGCAGAUUUUGAACGGUGGGAGAGAUUGAUACUUCAGAAGACUCUAGACUCGAUGUCUGAUGUAGUUUACUGCCCAAGAUGUCAAACAGCUUGCCUGGAAGAUGAGGACAAUGCCCAGUGCUCCAAGUGCCUUUUCAGCUUCUGCACCCGUUGCAGAGAUCGCCGUCACGUAGGUGGGAGAUGCAUUACUCCAGAAGAAAAACUGCUCUCCUUACAGGAACGUGAAAAGGUACGCCACUUAGCCAAAGGCAAUACUGAACGCCGGGUUAUCUUGGCGAAUGAAAUAAUUAGCAUCAAGGAAAUAAUUCGUUCUUCUGUUCCAUGUCCGCAUUGUGGUACUUUCAUCUCACGCAUGUCAGGCUGCAACCACAUGUGUUGUAGCAACUGUAACAAGUUUUUCUGCUAUGACUGUGGCAAAGCACUAAAUCCCGAUCAUACAAGUGAACGAUGCAGAAUUGAUAGGGAGAACCUGAGAGUGAAUGUGGAGACGAAAGAUGUCUUCAAAAAGAUACAGAAAGAACUGAAACAUGAACUACGUAGAGCACAUCCAUGCCCGAGUUGCCACCAGCCAAAUCUCAAGAUGGGAAACAACAAUCAUAUCUUGUGCGGAACAUGCCAAGUUCAUUAUUGUGCUCUGUGCCGAACGGUGGUGAGGAAGAGCUCGAAGCACUAUGGCCCCCGAGGGUGCAAGCAGCACACUGCCGACCCUGAGAUCACCCAGAUUGGAACGAAGAAGAACGAUGACUCUUAAUCAUAACCAUUGUGAGGGCAAGCAAGCCCUGGUUCUGGCUACAGGUUUAUCUACAGUUUCAGUCUUCCAGAGAGCAGUAGUUACAGCUACUUUUUUUUUGGGUGUGUUUGUGUAGCCCAACCUGUUAUCGGAAAUUUGUGUACCUCUGAACCCCGCCAACCAUGCAUUUUGUUUUUAGCUUGACGAACAUCGUCAUGUAAAAGACAGCACAAAAGCUUGCUGAUUCAGUAUAACAUAAUGUUUCAGGUAUUAUUGAGCCUA